UGUGGCAUGUUUCUACAUAGUGGUAGCAUCAUUUGGAACCUUCGGCAACGUGCUGGUCAUCACUGCAAUCGCGUUCUCCCGCAAGCUUCAGAAUCCCACCAAUGCCUUUGUGCUAAGCCUUGGCUUUGCAGACCUGUUGGUAUCCACUAUGCAGCCUCUGCAGGUGGUUGGUCUCCUGGCCGAGCAUGGCUGGCCCCUAACCGAUCAGGUAUGCGAGAUGGCCGGAUCAACCAUCGUGAUCUCCAUAACAAGUAGCGUAAUCACCCUCGCCAUGAUCUCUAUUAAUAGACAUUGCUUAAUCACCAAGUCCCGCAAGGUCUAUGAAUCCAUCUACCGAGGCCAGAACAUCUUCCUCAUGGUUCUCUUCUCCUGGCUUCUUCCAAUCUGCGUGCUCAUCAUCCCCCAGGCUGCAGGGUAUGGUCAACUCGGAUACGACAAGUUCACUCACCUCUGUGCCUGGGACUUUGCGCAUUAUCUAGCGAAGGUUUAUCAGAUCGUAGCAGCCAUGAUUGGAGUCAUCUCCUACUCUAUUAUUCUAAUCUGCUACUCUCUCAUAUACCUUCACCUCAAGAAGCACUCCUUAUCUCUCCAGCGUCACUCCAGUAACCUUUCGUCCAACCGCAUCGAUAAGAAGGUUCGUGUGAGCAUCAAGAUUACAAAGAACCUCUUCUAUGUUGUCUGUGCCUACAUGGUUUGUGUUGUACCCUACAGCUUAUGUCUCAUAGCCAUAUCUGAAUCCAACAUACUAGCUCGUCACGCGUCUCUGUACCUUGCUCUUAUCCUGGUGAUGAACAGUUGUGCCAAUGUCAUCAUCUACGGAUUAAAGCACCCGCAUUUUCGAGUGGUCUUCAAAUGCAUCAUCACGUGCAAUCUGACCAAGAUACCUUUGCCAUCAAGGUUCCUGAGACUUCUCUUGAAACAGAGUCCAGAGCCUCAUGUGCCAGCUUCAGGAAUACCAUCAGAUAGACCGGUCAACCUGACCAGCGAUACUUGGAAUUCACAUAACUCAUCCAGGAAGAAGAGAUCAGAGUCAUAUCUUUCUGCUACCGGUAGUUAAACUCACACAAUGAUAUUCUCACAUUGUGGGUUGAAGAAAAUGAAUGCUCUGUGUAUUAAAUCUUCAUUCACUGCUGACUGAAACCCUCACGUAUCUGCCACUGCUUGUACACCUUCCAUAUACUGCAUGUGUGACAGAACUCGAAGGCUGCAGUCCAAGGUUAUACAUUAGUAUAUCAAAGCGGUUCUAGGACACCUACCCCCUGGACAACCACCCCUAGGAUA